UUGUGGAAUGGAGAAAUUGGGAGAGAAUUGGUACUCAGAGUUAAGUCCCUUAUGGCCAGGCCAGUGUUUCUCUUUGAAGGUGGAUGAAAUUCUUCAUCAGGAGAAAACUUCUUUUCAAGACAUCUUGGAAUAUGGCCGAGUCCUGGUCCUUGAUGGUGCAAUCCAGUGCACUGAGAGGGAUGAAUUCUCUUAUCAAGAGAUGAUAGCUUUCAUUCCUCUGACUGUCCAUCCUUCUCCCAAGAAUGUUCUUGUGAUAGGUGGAGGAGAUGGAGGUGUGGCUAGAGAAAUUGCAAAAGAUCCUCGAGUGGAAAAGAUCACCCUGUGUGAGAUUGAUGAGCGAGUUAUUGAAGUUUCAAAGCAGUUCCUGCCUUUUAUGUCUCAGGGGUUCUCAAGUUCAAAAUUAGAGGUGAAGAUCUGCAAUGGUGUUGAAUUUCUCUGUUCAAACCGGGAAGAAUAUGAUAUCAUCAUCACUGAUUCCUCUGAUCCUCUUGGACCAGCUGAGGUAUUGUUCCAGGAGUCUUUCUAUUCUUCCAUCCAGAGUGCCUUGAAACCAGAUGGAUUGAUGUGCUGUCAAGGAGAAUGUUUUUGGCUUCAUCUUGAUCUCAUCAAAGAUAUCAUGGGUUUCUGCAGCAAGAAAUUCCCUGUGGUUGACUAUGCUUAUACAUCCAUUCCUACGUAUCCUUGUGGCCAGAUUGGAUUCCUGCUUUGCAGCAAGAAUCCGGCCACUGACUUUCGCAAACCACUGUGGCACAUGAGUGAGGAGGAGCAGGAGAAUUUGCAACUUCGCUACUACUCACCAGAGGUGCACCAGGCUUCCUUUGUACUCCCCAGGCCUCGGUUCUAUUCUACAGAACUUGGAAUCAAGGACAAGUUGUUUGCUGGAGUCUUGACAGAUACAGAGCGGCUAUCAAGCCUUGCUGUUGGGAUCAACAAGACAUUGGCUCAUCAUGUAGACAAGAUUGUGUACUUUCUAAUUGCACAGGAUGCAUCUGAGAUCCAUCUCAAGAUGCCAUCCAUUGUGGGCUUCACCGAUGAUAGACCCUGGGCACUUCCUUUCAAUGCCUUACGUUAUAUGGCUGAGAACUUUUUGGACAGGUACAGCUAUUUCUUCAUCAUGAAGGAUUCAACAUAUGUGAGGGGCCACUGGCUAUACAACCUGGCUGAGCGCAUCAGCAUCAGUCAACAUGUGUAUCUAGGCUUGCCUAUCCUGGAUACUGAAACUGACCUCACCUACUGCUCUUUAGGGAUUCUGGGGCAGAUAUUUCAUUCCAGGAGCUAUCCAGUUGACCUCACAAAGGAUCUGGAGAAUAUUGUUAAGGAUGUUGUCACAGUGUCAGAAGUCAGUGAACCUUUGGGCUUCUACCGACUUCACAGGGCUGUAUCCAAGCUAGAAGAAAGAGAGGUCCAGGGGAAGAUAAAGAAACAUGAAGGAGCUAUAUGGAGAGCAGCUGAUCUCUCACCUUGGGGUCAUGAUGCAGUUUCAUGGCCCAUCAGCCAUGAACCCCAAAAUCAACCUCAUUCCCGGUUUGAUGUUCUUCAGUGGGAAGUUUUCAAUGCUUCACAUGUCUUUGAGGACAUAGAAUCCUACAAUAUAAGGAGUCUUUCACAACUGGAGCUAUUUGAUACUGAGGAUCUUCUUAACCAGAGCAUUCAUUAUAUGAAUGUUAACAAGCCAAGGUGGAAGUACAUGGGUCUUGUGAAGGGAUAUCGGCGGUUUGACCCUGUCCGUGGAAUGGAAUCUCUUGUGGAUUUGAAGUUCUUACCUGAUACAGGGGAUCCUCCUCAAAUUUUGAGGUUGGAGGGUCUUCGCCCCCUAGGUCCAGUGGAGGUAAUACCCAUGCCUUUUGUGACAGAAACACGGCGUGUGUGCAUCAUCUCCCUUGUUGAUCAACAGAACAUUGAAUUGGCAGGAGCCUUCCUUGCUGAAUAUGAAUCUCAGUUCCUCAAAUCCAAGGGGAAUGUGUUCCUGAUGAUGGUGCUAAUCCAAUACUUGUCUGAGCAGGGGAGCAAAGACCCAUUUGUGAGGGUCAAGGGAAACAUUACAUCUUUAGCCACUCGGUACAAGCAGCAUGGAGCAAAGUUGGCCUGGAUGUCUUUAACACUUCCAGAUACAAUUGUUCCAGUUCCAGAACUGGGUCUUCUGGAUGUUGUUCUCCGACGAUACACAGAUGACAGCCUCAUCCUCUAUGUUGGACGCUGCCUUUCCUGGGAGAUUCAUGCUGACUUUUUCAACCGUGUUCGAGUAAAUACCAUCCAGGGGUGGCAAGUUUUCUCUCCCAUCCCAUAUGAAGAAUAUCAUCCCGAUGUUGCAUAUCCAAAUCGAGAUACCCCAAUUCGCCUUGAAGUAAGCCACCAUGCAGGACACUUCAAUCAGCACACAUAUGAACAUUUGAGCUUUUUCAAGUCUGAUUAUUUCCAAGGGAGAGAGAAGAUGUCCAAUGUGUAUGCAGUGGUGAAGAGUGAGAAGGAGCUCCAGAGUCGACAGAAUUUUCCAGAGGUAUUUCCACAUGGAGUCUUAGGGCUCUUCAUUCAUUACUCCCAGCUGCAUGUCCUGAGAGGUGCGGAGCCAAGCCUCCUGGUGCAUUACACUGGUUCUAAAGAAUGCAACUCCCACAGAAAUUUUGUGGACAAAAGGCAAUGCAUUCGUGCACAACCUGAAUCUCUUGGUUCACAUUCACAACUGGCUCAGUUGAUUCAGGAACUGAGGAGCAGUUCUCAACAGCCUGAAACAUGACAUAGUUCAAAGAACAUUGAAAGUACGUUACCUUGAACUGAAAAAUAUCAUCAUGGUCUUUCUGAAAGCUAUGCACUCUGCUGCAGCUUCCUUUUCAUUUUUCAUGUUAGUUGCUUCGAGGAAUAGCCAAAGGGUCUUUGAGGCAUUUGCAUUUUCUCAGGGAGAGCCACAUGUUAGUGACCUAUUGUUUGCAAGUUCAGCACAAGAGUCCAUGGAACACUAUAUAUGAAGAAUCAGAAUUGCUAUAGUUUUCAUGUUGUUUCUUCCAAUUAAUUUCCAAAUUUGGAGACAGGUUGGCCUUGUUAAAUGUUUUGUUAGCAUACUCCUGAACCAGCCAAUAUUAAUAAAGUGAACUGAAAAACAGAGGUAACACACUUGGAUUUUCAAGGGACCCCUCUUAUUGUAACAUUUAGCUGCCCAGCUAAUUCACAGUUUUAAAAUUUUGGAGCUGAUGACUGCUUCUGCUUAAUAAGCAAGGAAUCUAGUGGUUCAAUUUUUGUGUGAUUGCACCUUGAAAGAUGGGAUUGCUAACUUCAGAUGAGUUUGCUUCUCUUUCACAUGGAAAAUAUUAUUAUAAUAAUUAUCAUUGU